UCAUUGUUUGUUGCUCAUCUCUAAUCAGCUGUUUGCGUGUAAAUUCGCAAUAAAUUCACAAAAAGAUAAUUUUGUCCAAAUAUUUUCGCUAAAAACUAUUCACAAUAAGUCGGGAAAUAUGUCGGAUGAUCUACCAGAGCAGUUUGACCUGGUGGUCAUAGGCACAGGCUUCACGGAGUCCUGCAUCGCUGCUGCGGCCAGCCGAAUUGGAAAGUCGGUUCUGCACCUGGACAGCAAUGAGUACUACGGGGAUGUGUGGAGCUCCUUCGCCAUGGAUGCACUGUGUGCCCGUUUGGACCAAAAACCCGAACCUCAUUCGACAUUGCGAAAUGGAUGGUACUCCUGGCACACCUCGGAAAGCCUAGAAACAGAAACAGGUGAACGGCCGUGGAACAAAGAUUCUGUUUUGGCCAAGUCCCGUCGCUUCAGCCUUGAUCUUUGCCCACGCAUCCUUUAUGCUGCCGGGGAGUUGGUACAGCUGCUCAUCAAAUCAAAUAUUUGCCGCUACGCCGAAUUCCGGGCCGUCGACCAUGUGUGCAUGCGCCACAACGGCGAAAUAGUAUCUGUGCCUUGCUCUCGCAGCGAUGUAUUUAACACCAAGACGCUGACCAUCGUAGAGAAACGAUUGCUUAUGAAAUUCCUUACCGCCUGCAAUGACUUUGGCGAGGACAAGUGCAACGAGGAUUCGCUGGAGUUUCGGGGGCGCACUUUUCUGGAGUACCUGCAAGCGCAGCGGGUGACCGAAAAGAUCUCAUCGUGCGUUAUGCAAGCCAUUGCCAUGUGCGGCCCCAGCACCAGCUUCGAGGAGGGUAUGCAGCGCACUCAGCGAUUUCUGGGCAGUCUAGGUCGUUAUGGCAAUACACCCUUCCUGUUUCCCAUGUAUGGCUGCGGAGAGCUACCACAAUGCUUUUGUCGAUUAUGCGCGGUUUAUGGCGGUAUAUAUUGCCUUAAGCGGGUUGUCGAAGACAUUGCCUUGGACUCCAAUUCGAACGAGUUCCUUCUGAGCAGCGCAGGAAAAACUUUGCGUGCAAAGAAUGUCGUAUCAGCCCCAGGUUAUUCACCGGUUUCAAAGGACAUCGAAAUGAAGCCUCACAUAUCACGUGGAUUGUUCAUAUCGUCCAGUCCGUUGGGCAACGAAGAGCUAAACAAGGGUGGCGGUGGUGUAAAUGUUCUGCGACUAGUUGAUGCCGAUGGAGCUCGAGAAGCUAUCUUACUUCAAUUAUCGCAUUAUACAGGAGCCUGUCCCGAGGGAUUGUACAUCUUCCACUUGACCACACCCGCUGCAAGCGAGGAUCCUGCGGCCGAUCUAAAUGUUUUCACUAGCCAACUUUUUGAUCGUUCAAAUGCACAAAUAAUAUUUAGAUCAUAUUUCACGAUUGCUGUCCAGUCUAACAAAAGUGCCGCCGCCGAACACAUAUUUUACACAGACCCACCGACCUACGAGUUGGACUAUGACAUUGCUAUUGCCAAUGCUCGGCAGAUAUUUGGCAAACUCUUUCCCGAUGCAGACUUUCUACCGAGAGCCCCAGAUCCAGAAGAGAUUGUGGUCGAUGGCGAAGAUCCAAGUGCCUUGAACGAACACAGCUUGCCCGAGGACUUGCGGGCUCAGCUGCACGAUAUGCAGCAGGCAACUCAGGAAAUGGAUAUUCAAGACUAGACGUAAUUCAGUAUCAAAUCAAAAGAGGACACUUUCAAUCUCUGAAUAUCAAAUGACAAGAGCUGACCAUUGUCGAACUUCAAAGCUGAUUAGGUCAAAAGAAAAAUUUAAUUAAUUGUAUACAAAUUUUGCUUCAUAUAUUCCUAUAUAUUUAUUAUGUAAAUUAUUUAUAAUUGCUAAAAGUACUAGGUAUAUAUAAAUGUUUAUAUGUGAGUGCUUCUGUGCAUUUUGCUUAGAGAAAUAUACUUUCGAAAAAUAUGCAUUCCAAUGCGUAUAAAAAUG